AUCACUGAGGUAUGUGUAAAACACCAUAAUGGAUAGAAGUAUGGGUGUGACAGAAAUUUUUAUAGCCCUCUUUUCAAGCUGUGUGUGUGUGUACCUCCUCUGGUCUCUCAUUAGUUUCCUAAACAAAGUAUGGUGGAAACCAAUUUGUAUACAGAAAAUAAUGAGCUCACAGGGGAUCAGAGGACCUCAUUACAAGUUCCCCCAUGGGAGCACCAAAGAUAUCAUCAACAUGAGAAGCCAAUCCAUGGGAAAACCUAUGCAUAUAUCACAUGAUAUAUUCCCAAGAAUUCAGCCUCAUGUUCAUGCAUGGACAAAGAUCUAUGGGAUGAAUUUUCUCAGUUGGCACGGUUCAAAAGCUCAACUGUUUGUUACGGAAUCAGAGCUUAUCAAAGAAAUAAUGAACAACAAAGAAGGUGCUUAUCCAAAAAUGGAAAUGGAAGGCAUUGCAAAGAAACUGUUAGGAGAAGCACUUAUUACAAAUGAAGGUGAGAAAUGGGCUAAGAUACGGAAGCUGGCCAAUCACACUUUCCAUGCCGAGAGCUUGAAAGGUAUGAUUCCAGCAAUGAGUGAAAGCGUUGAGGUGAUGCUAGAAAGGUGGAAAAACUACGAAGGGAAAGAAAUCGAUGUGUUUAAAGAAUUCGGGGUAUUAACAACUGAAGUGAUUUCCAGGACAGCUUUUGGGAGUAGCUACUUGGAUGGGAAGCACAUAUUUGAGAAGGUGGCAAAGCUGACUUCUGUUACUGUUAAAAAUGUUUAUAACGUUAGGUUCCCCGGCAUAAGCCGAGUACUGAAAAACAGCGAUGAGAUUGAAGCAGAGAAACUUGAAAGGGAAAUAAAAAAAUCCAUUCUAGAGCUUGUAAAGAGCAGAGAGAAGGCAAAGAAUGGAGAAAUAGAAGACUAUGGGAGUGAUUAUCUUGGACAACUUGUAAAAAUUGCUCAUGAAUCUGAUAUAAAAAAGAGGGUUACGCUGGAACAAAUGAUUGAUGAGAUCAAGGCAAUUUAUGGUGCUGGACAUCUGACGACAACAAACUUGCUUGCUUGGAGUGUUCUUCUUCUAACAAUCCAUAUAGAUUGGCAAGAGAAAGCAAGGAAGGAGGUGCUUGAGUUGUUCGGAACAAAGAAUCCUACUUCAGAUGGUAUUGCAAGACUAAGAACUAUGAACAUGAUCAUUAAUGAGUCCCUAAGACUUUAUCCUCCAGUGCUUACCAUGACAAGGAAAGUUCAGAGAGAAGUCAAAUUGGGGAACCUCAAUCUUCCAGCUAAUAUCGACAUUUUUAUUUCGAUUAUGGCACUUCACCAUAACCCUGAAAUAUGGGGCAAAGAUGUUCACCAAUUCAAACCAGAGAGAUUCAUGGAUGGGGUGGCUAAAGCUACCAGCAACAACGCGGUGGCAUUUUUCCCAUUUGGUAUGGGACCUCGAACUUGUGUGGGAUUGAACUUUACAACCAAUGAAGCAAAGAUUGCACUUUCGAUGAUUUUGCAGCGUUACAAGUUCACCCUCUCACCAAAUUAUGUUCAUUACCCAGCUGAUAUAUUCAUUCUCACCCCCAAAAAUGGAGUUCAGGUUUAAAAAAAGAAAAAGAAAAAAGAAGUGUACGGCGCAGCCUAUGGCCCCAUGAAUUCACAGGGCAUGAGUUAGACUAUUUUGUCUGCAUUUUCUUGAUUUUAUCCUAAGUUUACAAUGGUGAGUAAAUAUCUCAGAAAAUGUUGGUUUAGACAAAGACAUGGUUGAUUUCGAAAUCAUAUAUAUUUUCAUCUGUAACGGGUAUUUAUUUAUUUUUUUUCUUCUUCUUCUUAGUUGGGACUCACAUACACUGCCUCCACUGAGGUUCAAACCCUUGACUUCCCGAAGUAGGAGCCUUAUACCACUAGAUCACAAGCCAGUUGGUAUAUGUAACAGUUUUAUCUUUGAACAAUUCCUUUCCAAAUUGUUCACAACAUUAAUUGCACUGCAAAAGUUUAUUCAUAAUUUGUACAUAAUUUGACAGUUUUUUUUUUUU